UCUAUGAUGGAGUCAAGUGAUGAAUUGUUAUCGAAGGCUUGGACAGUUAUUAGUGAACAGCUCAAGCCAUCAGCAUCUCAAAAUGAAGAUCAACAUAAUCGUAAAGAAUUUUGUGAAGCUUGGCAAACACUAGAAGCAAAUAAUUUAGACUAUAUCAUCGAGGAGUGGUUUAUAGAAACACUACAACAAGAUUUAAGACAUAGAAUUGGUCCAAUUUUUUGGAACUUUUUCAAAGAGUUAGAAGAUGAAACAGAGAACAGUGCUUACAUACAGAAAUUUGUUGAAUCUGUGAAUUAUUUAUAUGAAAUUACAAGAGAAUAUAGGUCUUGCAUAAACCUUUUAGAGUCUGUGUCGCCAGUAGGUCAAACUGCUACUUCCAAAAAUAUUUCUUCAUUAAUAAUAACAUUUUAUAAAGCUAUUAUUUUUUACACCUACCCAGAAACAUUUCUGACUUCGGUUGAAAAGUAUUAUUCGGAAGCUUUUCGUGUUUUUCAUCAUAUAAACACAGAAAGCCACGAUGCAGGAGAAGAGAAGUCACCAUUAUGUGAUGGAUGUCAAAUUGAUGUUAGCACAUGUACAUGUCAGGAAAUCAUGGAGACAUUCCAUUCUGUCAAUAAAAAACUAGAUGAUAUAGGUGUAUUAGAGAAAGUAUCAGGUGCUGCCGUGACAUCUAUUGUACAUAGUCAGAUAGAGAGUUAUAUAAACACCAACUGUAAAGGAAAUUUUGAAACAUCUUAUUUUGAACAUUUAGAAAAGUGGCUAGAUACCAAGGUAUUAGGAUGGUUAAAUUCAAUCUAUGCAGGAGAAAAAAGCCACAACAGUAUAUCUGCAUUUAGGGGCAGAUUACUCCAUUUUUUAUUUGAAACUUAUGCUAAUGCUAGAAUUGAACAGUUAUUUAUGAUCGUCAUUGACUAUCCAGAAUCGGAACCAGCCAUUUUGGAUCUGAAAACCUGUCUGGAGAAAACAAAUCUACGAUCACAACUGAUGUCUUCAUUACGUAAAGCUUUAGAAGAUAGACUUUUACAUCCAGGUGUAAAUACAACUGUUAUUCUAUCAGCAUAUAUAUCAGCUAUUAGAUCAUUACGUGUGUUAGAUCCAGCAGGUGUUAUACUUGAAUUUGUUAGUGAACCAGUUAGAAAAUAUUUGAGAUCACGUGAAGAUACAGUUCGGUGUAUAGUACUAUGUUUAACAGAAGAAGGUAGUAACGAAUUAUUAGAUGAAUUAUGGAAAGGUCAACCAUUAGUUCUAGAAGAUGAUACAUGUAGCGAUGAGGAUGAAGGAGAUUGGGAAACAUGGAUGCCAGAUCCUGUUGAUGCUGAUCCAUCGACAACAUCAAAAAGUCGUAGAGCAUCAGACAUUAUUAGUAUGCUUGUGAAUAUCUAUGGUAGUAAAGAACUGUUUGUGAAUGAAUAUCGUACAUUAUUAACUGAUCGUAUUCUUAAUCAAUUUAACUGUGAUAUGGACCGAGAGUUACGAUAUCUCGAGAUGUUAAAAUUAAGAUUUGGUGAAUCUCAACUACACUAUUGUGAAGUGAUGCUUAAAGAUGUGGCAGAUUCGAAAAGAAUUAAUAGUAGAAUUGUACAAGAGAUGGCUCUAGUCGAGCAAAAAAUGGAUAUUGAUAUUAAUGCACUGAUUUUGUCAGCACAUUUCUGGCCUCCAUUACGGGAAGAAAAGAUAACUCUGCCCAAGGAGAUGCAGAAAUCCCUGGAAGAAUAUACCAAGAAGUUUGAAGCUUUAAAGGGAAACAGAACAUUAAACUGGAAACCUCAUUUAGGUAUGAUGAAGAUAGAAAUAGAACAUAAUGGAACAAAUCUGAGUUUUUCUGUGUCACCAGUUCAUGCAGCUAUCAUUAUGCAGUUUCAAAAUAAAGUUCGAUGGGAUGUGGAAGAAUUAAGUGGUGUUCUACAGAUGUCUGUGUCUGCUUUACGACGUAAAAUAACCUACUGGCAAACACAGGGUUUAUUGAAAGAAGAAGUACCUGAUACAUUCGUCCUAGUUGAUGAGGUUAAAGGUCAAGGUCAUGAGGUCGUAAUGGUGGAGGAUGAAUCUGAGUCAGCUAUGGCAUCUGCUCAACAACAGAGAGAAGAAGAGUUACAGGUUUUCUGGACCUAUAUAGUUGGAAUGCUUACAAACCUAGAAUCUCUACCAUUAGAGAGAAUACAUACUAUGUUACGAAUGUUUGCCAUGCAAGGACCUUCAACAGGGGAAGUGAGUUUACCAGAGUUAAAGGGUUUUUUAGAUCGUAAAAUACGUGAACAGAAACUGGUAUAUUACAGUGGUGUUUACAGACUUGCGAAGUGAAGGAAAAUAAAUGGAUAUAUUGUUAA